AUGUCCUCGCGGAAAAAACGUGGUCCGAUGGACCAGUACAGCGACAAGUACCAUCCGGACUUUGUCCCGGGCACGAUCAACAUCUUAGUCCAUCAGAUAGAUCACAGCCAGACCGCUGUGGGGGACCAGUCGUCUACAGUCAAGACAACCAAGGACGGCAUUGUUCUGCACCCACAGCCGUCAGACUCGCCCAACGACCCGCUCAACUGGGGGUUCUGGACCAAGGCUUAUCAGUUUGCGCUUUUGGCGUUCAUUACCGGUUUCACGGCGGCCACGUCGAACGAUGCCGGCUCAACGCAGGACUCUCUCAACGAGCUGUACGGCAUUUCGUACGACUCGAUGAACACCGGUGCCGGCGUGCUGUUUGCGUCGAUCGGCCUGACCACCGUCAUUCUAGGGCCUGCCUCGUCGCUUUACGGCCGCAAAAUCAGCUACGUGAUCUGUAUAGUGCUCGGCCUCGUUGGAGCGGUGUGGUUUGCUCUGUCCAAAAGAACCAGCGACACCAUCUGGUCGCAACUGUUUGUUGGGGCAUCUGAGGCCUGCGCAGAGGCCCAGGUGCAGCUCUCGCUGUCGGACAUGUAUUUUUCUCACCAGCUCGGUGGUGUUCUGACCGUCUACAUCCUGGCUACCUCUGUCGGGACGUAUCUUGGGCCUUUGAUUGCGGGUUUCGUUGUCCAGUACACUACGUUCCGGUGGGUGGGCUGGAUCGCCGUGAUUAUCUCGGGCGUGCUGCUGGCAGUGAUGUUUUUGACACAGUACGAAACGUAUUUCGACAGACACCGCUACAUAGGGCAGAUCGACUCUAGCGAGAAACGCGAAAAAGUGGACGAUAAAAUCGCCGACUCGCACUCCGGCGACCGCUCAGACGUGAUCGAGGUGGCCGGCGUGUACGGCACGGGCGCAGGAGAGCCGCGCUUGCCGUACUGGAAACGGGUGCAGCUGAUCACGCCGUCAGCAUCGCUUGUCGGGCUGGGCGCCAAGCAGUACCUGCAGCGGCUCGUGCUCAUGCUGCGUGUGUUCUGGUUCCCGCCCGUGCUGCUGUCGGGGCUGCUGUGGGGGCUGCAGGACGCUUUUCUCACGUUCUACCUCACCACGGAGGACGAUCUGUACUAUGACGAGCCGUGGAACUACUCCGAUACCGGCGUUGCGCUGAUGAAUCUGCCAUGCGUUAUCGGAGCGCUGAUCGGAUGUCUGUACGCGGGCUACUUCUCUGACUGGUUUGUGAUCUGGAAGGCCAAACGCAACGGCGGCAUCCAGGAGGCCGAGUUCCGGCUCUGGUUUUUGUUUCCGGCAGCCAUUAUCUCGCCGAUCGGCCUGCUGCUCUUCGGCAUCGGCACAGACAAACUCUGGAGCUGGAAGGUCACCUACACGGUCGGACUGGGCUUCAUCGGGUUUGGGUUCGCCACGGCUGGAGACAUCGCCAUGGGCUAUCUCAUGGACGCGUACCCGGAAAUGAUUCUCGAGGGCAUGUUGGGCGUGGCCUUCAUCAACAACAUGAUCGGGUGCAUUUUCACGUUUGCGUGCUCGCCGCUGAUUGCCGCGCUCGGCACGGUCCGCACAUACAUUAUGCUGGCCAUCAUCGACUUCGGCACGUUCGCAUUCAUUAUCCCGUUUUUGCUGUACGGAAAACAAAUGAGACGCUGGACAAAGAAGUACUACCUCAGCUACGUGGAGCUACGCGAUGCAGAAAGAAGCUAAAAAAUCCAGUUACGUAAUCACUUAUCUUAUAUCCUCAGGCUAAAAGUUGUCUUCCUCGUCAUUGUAGACUGGAACACCCCAGUCAACGUUCAGAAUUCUUUUGCCCUUGGUCUUGUAGAGCGCCGACAGGGCGUCGGCGGUCUCGUCGUCGAGGUCGACGACCUUGAUGUUGGCCUCGAUCCGCGACGGAGUCACGCUCUUUGGCAGCACGACAGUGUCUCUGUGGAGAGCCCACGAAAUUAGCAGACAGGCUGGAGAAAUGCCCUUCUUGUCGGCGAGAGCAAUGAUGUCCUCGUCCUUAAGUAGUGGCGACCCAGCACUGCCCAGUGGCGAGUACGCCUCCACAACAAUGCCUUUUUCCUUGCAGUACUCGAGCAGCUGGUGGCGCGGGUAGAAUGGGUGCAUUUCGACCUGGUUGGCUGCAGGAAUGACCUUGGUCGUUGGUGCAGCCAGCAGCUUCUCCAAGUUUGUCUUGGACAUGUUGGACACGCCCACGGCCCGGGCCUUGUCCUUAGGCAGCUGUUGGACCAGCUCCCACGUCUUGAUGAAGUCCCAGUCUUUGUCAUUGUGGAACUUUUCCGGAUUGUUAGGAUCCUUUGGGAACCACUGUUCCUCGGCAUCUGGCGAAGGCUUAACAAAAGGAACAGGCCAGUGAACCAGGUACAGGUCGACGUAAUCCAUGCCGAGUCUCUCCAACGAGCCAUUCAGAGCAGCCAAUGGGUCUCUGUGGUUGGUGUUCCAGAGCUUCGUAGUGAUGAAGAGCGACUCUCUAGGAACCCCCGAGUCUUUGAUGGCUCUACCAACAUCCGCCUCGUUCUGGUACACGUGUGCGGUGUCGAUAUGUCUGUAGCCUGCCUUCAAUGCGGCCAAAACAGAAGUGUAGGUGUCCUCGGGGGACGAUUGCCAGCAUCCCAGGGCAACGGAAGGGAUUGAGGCGCCAGUGUUGAGCUUUUGAGUCUUUGUGCAAAUAGAAGCCAUUAGAGUUUG